AUGAGCCAGGAAGCAGGCCAUGUGAGAGCGGCGGGAAUAAACUAUGCGUCCAGCACCCGGCCAGAGUGCAGCAUCAUGCAAGAGAUUGAAGAGGAGCGCAGCCAGUGCUUGGCAGAGCUUAUUGGGGAUAACCAGACUUCAGGUUGCAGAAGGCAAUGGGACAACAUCACGUGCUGGCCUGCAGCGGAGGUGGGAGAAGUUGUGGUACGGCCAUGCCCAAAAUACUUCAGAUUCCUCACCAGUUUCCUUGGGAAUGUGACCAGGAAUUGUACAAGCCAGGGCUGGACAGAUGUGUACCCUGCACCGUAUACCGUAGCUUGUGGAUAUGAUUCCAACAGCACACCAGCGGAAGAGCAAACGGCAUUCUAUGGCACAGUCAAGACCGGCUACACCAUUGGACAUACCUUAUCACUCAUUGCUCUCACAGCUGCUAUGAUCAUUUUAUGUCUCUUCAGAAAACUACACUGUACUCGGAAUUAUAUUCAUAUGCACCUCUUCAUGUCCUUCAUAAUGAGAGCCAUUGCAGUCUUCAUAAAAGAUGUCAUCCUAUUUGAAAGUGGAGAAUCUGAACACUGCUUUGUGAGUACAGUAGGCUGCAAAGCCAUGAUGGUUUUCUUCCAGUACUGCGUCAUGGCCAACUUCUUCUGGCUCCUGGUGGAGGGGUUGUAUCUUCACACCCUGUUGGUCAUCUCCUUCUUUUCUGAGAGGAAGUACUUUUGGUGGUACAUCUUGAUUGGCUGGGGUGCCCCCUCCGUGUUCAUCACUGCUUGGACUAUUGUCAGGAUUUACUUUUUCGAUGUUGGGUGCUGGGAAGAAAUAGUGGAAUCUUCAUUCUGGUGGAUCAUUAAAACUCCUAUUUUGGUGUCUAUUUUGGUGAACUUCAUCCUCUUCAUUUGCAUCAUCCGUAUCUUAGUCCAAAAGUUGCAUUCUCCAGAUGUUGGACACAAUGAAACCAGCCAAUAUUCGAGGCUGGCCAAGUCCACCUUGCUGCUGAUUCCUCUCUUUGGCAUUCACUACAUCAUGUUUGCUUUCUUCCCUGACAAUUUCAAAGCAGAAGUUAAGCUGGUCUUUGAGCUCGUGGUUGGGUCGUUCCAGGGAUUUGUGGUGGCUGUUCUGUACUGUUUUCUCAAUGGGGAGGUAAGAUCAACACUACUGUUUGUUUAA